AACCCUAAAAGUUUAAAAAUAUAAUCCUUUAUGUUGGCAGUGGUAAUAAUAGCAUGUUGUUGGCACUGCUUCCGGAUUCCUGGAACUGUCAAUUUUUAUUUUGACAGCGUUGUUUGAAAAAUAGUGGUAAUUCAAACGCCCCAAAAUGAGCGUGGAAUCUCAAUACUACCCAGACGGAGACAAUGAAAAACGCAAGCGAAUGUCAACCGGUCUCCAAGUGAACUGCCCCCACAGUCUUAGGCUAGCAAUCCAGUCAGCUUAUGAAUACGGUUACCAUUUUCUAGUAACUCAAAUAACGCACCCCAACUACGCUCGCGACCUCCUCCACGGGAAGCCCCCGCCGGCAAUCGGUCGUACAGACCGCAUCUUGCAAAGUCUUGAAUGGGGGCGCUAUAUCGUCGCUGAACUCACUCCCACCAUCAACGUGGACAGCGAAAUUGAACACGUGCAAAGGAAAAGCAAAGCCCUGUUCUUGCAAGAGUUAGGUUUUGCGGUUCAUUUGGGGGUUCCCGUGAUAAAAUUUUCCCUAACUAAGCGACACAACGCACAGUUGGGGCGCCUCAUCAAUGAGAAACUCGUGAACGGGUUUACGUCCAGUUUUUGGGUUACGCUCCCCAUGGUGCACCCGUCACAAUUUAGCCCCAUUUGCACCGAAGAUGAGAAGGAGGAUUCUUGGGAGUGGUGGAACGAUUUUCGCACUUAUUGUAAUUACGAUAAGCACGUAGGUCUAGUUUUGGAGUUGCCUGAAAUUGCACAUAUUCCUUCACAAAGUGAGGUCAAUAGGUGGAUUGGGGAGCCCGUCAAAGCGCUAAUUAUCCCCACGACUUACUUUAUUUUAAAUAAUCACGGAAAGCCUGUCUUACCACGCGCCCACCAGGACAUAAUUCAGCGCUUUCUAACCAUAGACGUCCAAUACAUCAUCAAAUCGGACUCUGAGACCGACCUGUCUCUCUACACUAAAUAUCUACACUUCUUGGGGAAAAAGCUAUACGUUGGUGACCCCAAUCUUGAAUUUAUCCAAGGCUGUGAAGACUUCCUGCAAAACCCCCUCCAGCCCCUCACCGAGCACCUUGAAACCAACAUUUACGAAGUUUUCGAAAAAGACCAAAUCAAGUACACUACAUAUCAGAACGCCAUCCAGAAAGCCCUCGCAGACGUACCGCAAGACGUCGCCCUCCCUGUCAUCAUGGUCGUGGGGGCCGGUCGAGGCCCCCUCGUCCAAGCCGCCCUCAACGUCUCCUACAUCCUCCACCGUAAAGUCAAAGUCUACGCCGUUGAGAAAAAUCCCUACGCUAUCAACACUCUAAUUGAUCGAGUGAACCACGAUUGGAACGGUCAAGUCACUCUAAUUAACGAAGACAUGCGAGUGUAUGAGCCCCCAGAGAAGGCCGAUAUUUUGGUUUCGGAACUGUUGGGGUCGUUUGGUGACAACGAACUGUCGCCGGAGUGUCUCGAUGGGGCUCAAAGAUUUCUCAAAAAGAGUGGAAUCUCCAUUCCGUGUUCGUAUACGUCGUAUUUGGCGCCCCUUCAGAGUAUCAAGAUUUUUAACGAGAUUAGGAACAAUCGCCCGGCGGAUAAGACGCUAAGAACCUGCUAUGAAACACCAUAUGUGAUUCAUUUGGUUAAUUAUUACCAAAUAGCUCCAGCCCAGCCUUUGUUCAAAUUUGAACACCCCAAUUGGAAUGAUGUUAUAAAUAAUGAAAGGUACAAAAAACUGAGGUUCAAUUGUGAGCAGAGUUGCAUUCUGACGGGUUUCGUUGGAUUUUUUGACACCGUUUUGUACAAGGAUGUGAUGUUGAGUAUACACCCAGAAACACACACCCGUGAGAUGGUCAGUUGGUUCCCAAUCGUGUUCCCUUUAAUGGAACCGUUAAAAGUCGAGGCUGGUAGCGUAAUUGAAAUUUCAUUUUGGAGAGUCGAAAAUGCCGACAAAGUGUGGUACGAAUGGUGUUUGGAAAAACCGCUCAAAGGCUGCGUAAUGAAUCCAGCCGGACGGUCAUAUUUUAUUAAAAAGCAUUAGUUUCAAAUUAUUUUUAUAAUAAAUUCAUAACAAAUUAAA